GUUGACGUCAUCACAGCGCGCCAUACCGUUUGGUCUUUCAAGAAGAUAAAAGAGACAGAAAAGUGGGUAUUUCUCCGGACGUUUUUGGUGUUUCUUGUUUAUAUCAGUAGAUUCCAUGCACUGUAGUGUCUGGUGAAAGGUGAGGUAAGCGUAUAUUUUUGGAGAAAAUAGUCCAAAAUCACCCUUAUCUCGAGUGCGAAGAGGACAACACGCCACUAUUAGCAACAACGGGUCUGUUUCUGAAAAGGAUGCUUCACCGUUCCUGUGAUUUCAUCUGAAGACGGAAGGAGGGAAGUCCAGCCCGGAGAUGAAGCAGGAUCCCCUGACUAGGGAGGGUGACACUGUGACCUCCCACACAGGGAGGAGAGACACGCCCACCUCCUCCACCACCUCCUCCACCUUCUCUUCUCUCUCUUCUGUGUCUUCCCUUUCUUCCUCUCUGUCGUCUACAUCCUCUUCAGUGGAAGAAAGGAGUAAGGAGGGAAGUGAGGAGGAGGAGUUUAUUGGACGGGAAGGGGAGGAGGACCGUGUCUCCAUAGUGACCAUAGGGGAGGAGUCCUGUCCCUCAGAACCGUUUGGUACUGUGGGUGGCCCGGUUGACGUUACAGCCAAUGAGAGCACAGCAAGGGGCGGGGACAGCCAAUCCAAAGCCUCUCAGAGUACCCAGACUGAAGAACAGCGGGAGGAGGAGGAAGAUACGGGCAAGGAGGAGAGUGACCGUUCUGCCCUGUUAGAAGAUGAGGAAGAAGAUGAGGAAGAUGGAAGGAACCAGGUUUUUGUCUCUGAGUCCCUGGGGUUAACGUCUGACAGACAGACCCAAAGGGCCUCGUCGGCUCUGAUCAACAUCACAAUGAAGAGGAAGUUGGACCAUGGGCCAGACAUUAGACCAUUCCAUUCAGGGAAGAAACACUGCAAAGGCCCUGACUACCUCAGUCCCUCCAGUCUUGUUCCAUUCCAGACCACGCCCACUACCUUUGGGGACCUGCGGGCAGCCAAUGGGCAUUCAGCUCAGCGACGACGUGUCACCUCGGGGCCGCCCCCUUCCGGGCUUCAGGACUGGCUGCAUGUCUUUCAGGCGUGGAGCGGUCCUGAGCGGCUACUGGCUCUGGAUGAGUUGAUUGAUACCUGUGAGUCCAAUCAGGUGAAACACAUGAUGCAGGUCAUCGAGCCUCAGUUCCAACGGGACUUCAUCUCCCUGCUGCCCAAAGAGCUGGCUCUGUACGUCUUGACGUUCCUGGAGCCCAGAGAUCUGAUGCGUGCAGCUCAGGCCUGCUCCUAUUGGAGGAUCCUGGCCGAGGACAACCUGCUUUGGAGGGAAAAGUGUCGGGAAGAUGGAAUUGACGAGCCCCUAGUGGUUAAGAGGAGGCAGACGCUGAGACCUGGUUUCCUCCUUUCACCCUGGAAGAGUGCCUAUGUCCGACAGCACCGCAUCGAGACCAACUGGAGGACUGGGGACAUCACAUCACCCAAGGUGUUGAAAGGUCAUGACGAUCAUGUGAUCACCUGUCUGCAGUUCUGUGGGGAUCUCAUAGUCAGUGGGUCCGAUGACAACACACUGAAAGUCUGGUCCGCUCUCACUGGCAAGUGUCUGCGUACGUUGGUGGGCCACACUGGAGGGGUGUGGUCCAGUCAGAUGGACGGGAGCGUGGUGAUCAGUGGCUCCACCGACCGGACCCUGAAGGUGUGGGACGCCGAGACCGGGGAGUGUGUCCACACGCUGUACGGGCACACCUCCACUGUUCGAUGCAUGCAUCUGCACAACAAACAGGUGGUGAGCGGCAGCCGGGACGCCACGCUGCGUCUCUGGGACGUGGUGUCAGGCGAGUGUCUCCACGUGCUGACGGGUCACGUGGCGGCGGUUCGCUGCGUGCAGUACGACGGCCGCAGGGUGGUCAGCGGCGGUUACGACUUCAUGGUGAAAGUCUGGGACCCCGAGACGGAGACAUGUUUACACACCCUGCAGGGCCACACCAACAGAGUCUACUCCCUGCAGUUUGACGGAGCGUACGUGGUCAGUGGCUCUCUGGACACCUCCAUCAGAGUUUGGGACGUGGAGACCGGGGGCUGUGUCCACACGCUCACCGGCCACCAGUCGCUGACCAGCGGGAUGGAACUGAAGAACAACAUCCUGGUCUCGGGGAACGCCGACUCGACCGUCCGGGUCUGGGAUAUACGAAGUGGACAGUGUCUUCACACGCUACAAGGACCCCAUAAGCACCAGUCAGCCGUCACGUGCCUCCAGUUCUCCCGUUCUCUGGUGAUGUCCUCGUCAGAUGACGGCACGGUGAAGCUCUGGAGCCUGGUCACGGGGGAGUGGCUUCGGGACCUGGUGGCUCUGCAGAGUGGGGGCUCCGGGGGUGUGGUCUGGAGGAUCAGGGCAUCUAACACCCGGCUGGUCGCUGCGGUUGGCAGUCGCAACGGGACUGAGGAGACCAAGCUCAUGGUGCUGGACUUUGACCUCACUGACAGCCACGAGUGACGUCAUCAAACAGGGACGCGCGGUGUCAUGAGGGGCAGGACGUGAUGUGCUCGUCUAAGGGAGUGACAUCAUAGGAGGAUGUGAUGUCAUUAUUGAGGCACCUGAUAUUUUUUAUUUGAAGGAAGUUGGAGGACUGGAGUAGUGUGACGGCUGGUCAACAAGCCGUCAACACCUUAAUCAGUCCCCCAUAAUCCUCCGCUGCCCCUGGACCCAGUUGGAGAAUCACCCCCCGACUCACCGACCCCACCCCCCGACUCACCGACC